UAGGUGGGUGGGAGCGCCCAAACAACACAGCACCAUAUGAAGGAAGUGGAAGUUCAAGAAAAUAGAAAAUUCACCACUCUCUCUCACCUACCAUUUUAGAGAGAGAAAAUAAACGACCCUCGGAAGUACAUUCUUGGAGUCUUCUCGGAGAAAAAAUUUCGACGAUUCUAUUCAGCUUCUUCAGCUGUCAAAUACAAUCAAUUCAACUAUCAAUCUUCCGGGCACGAUUUUUUCUCAGGGAAGUUCGCCAAUUCUUGGAUAUAUACUGCAAAUUGCAAGAACUGAAAAAUUGAGGGUUCUGCUUUGCGGGAAUUUCUUGGUCGAAUGUAUUGGGGUCGAUUGUGGAUUUCAAGAUAACCCUUUAAUUGGUGAAACAUUUUUCUUAGUUUUGAAUUUUGGGGGUGAGUACUUGUAAGUAAAAGAAAUGAAUGUGGUUGGUAAAGUUAGCAGCUUUAUUACUCAAGGCGUGUACUCAGUUGCCACACCAUUUCAUCCAUUUGGUGGGGCAGUUGACAUAAUUGUUGUUCAGCAGAAUGAUGGAACUUUUAGGAGUACACCGUGGUAUGUACGGUUCGGUAAAUUUCAAGGUGUUCUCAAAGGGGCAGAGAAGGUUGUGCGAAUUGAAGUGAAUGGUGUUGAGGCCAACUUUCAUAUGUUUCUUGAUAAUUCUGGUGAAGCUUAUUUUGUUAGAGAAGUUGAUCCGGAUAAGGACUCGGAAAAUCUUGAAGACGGAAGGGAGGACAAUAGCACUGAUUUUAGUAACAGUGACGGUGGUUCAAAAGAAAAUGAUUUUUCUGGACAAGACGCGAGUGAGUUUAAUAAUGAUGAAGUAGAUGAAAUAGAGGUGCGAGAUGAACGUGUUACACUUGGUAUGGACCGGUUAGAGAGAGUUGAGUCUGAUUCUGGCAUAUUUUAUGAGCUGCAUGAUGAACAGUCUUCUAUCGAAGGUUCAGUUGAGUUUUCUGAGUAUGAUUCUAGUGGGUUCAACAGUUUAGAGAGCGUGGAACAUGCAUUAGAAUCACAGGAUUCAAAUUCAGAAGUAGUUUUGGUGAGCGUGGAUGGCCAUGUACUAACAGCACCUAUAUCAGCAUCUGAGAGAAAUGCUGAGAAUGUGGAAUUAGGUACACCUCAGUUUCACCUUGGCCCAGGUGAAGGGACUGAAAAUUUUAACAGAGUUGAGGAUCCGUGGAAUGCUGAUUAUUUGAGGGAGCUUGAUGCCUCAGCACAUGAAGUUACUACUGAAAACAUUUGCAAAGGAAACAGUGAGACUCGGUCUUCUGAACAGCAAUUAGAGCUUAGUGGAGGAGAUGGGGAGCAUUUGUGCCAUGUGGAAGAAACUCAGGACUCAGCUGAUCAGGACAAAGAGCUUUGCACCGAGAGUUCUGAAUAUACAACUACUAGGUUCAAGAGGCGUGAGGUUUUCAAAAGUUGUGUGGAGCUUCUAGAAUUGGAACUGCAGUCUCCAACCAACAAUCAGGAAAAUGUGGGUUCUUCAGUGGAGAUUCUUGAGGCUGCUAAUGAUCUGAAUGAAAAGUCUCCUCUGAGUCCUUCGAUAAAUGAAACUGAAGAGGGUAAUGUUGAAAUAUCGAGAGAUAGCAAUGAAUUGUCUACCCAUGAUACUGGAGAUCCGGGCAGUGUCUCUUCGCCAGAGUUACAGGUUGAAGCUGCAACCAAUGAAAGAAAUACUUCUCAUAUGAAUCAUGACGGUUCUGAUAGCAUGCCUGUUCAAUCUGUUAGCAACAAUCAGGAAUUGCAAAAACAAUUAGAAGCACACCCAACAGCCAAAAGAGUGCAUAAUGAUCAGGAAUCUCAUACUGAUGAAUGUAGUAAAAGUGAAUCUCAUGCUGAUGCUUCAAUCGAAGAUGGGAAAUCAGAUUUAUUGGCAAAACUGGAGAUAUCGCUCUGUGGAAACUUGCUUCAUGCUGGAAUGGGUUUAAAUGCAGCAGAAGAUGCCUUUAACGCAAACUGUGUAUCAUUGGAGGAAUUUAAACUUUCAGCCUCGUCAAUUGUGAAGAAUGAAAACCUGAUUGUUAGACUACAGGGGAAGUACUUACCGUGGUGUAAAGCUGCACACAUUGUUCUUGGUAUGGCAGCUUAUGGUUUGGAUCUCCCAGUUGAUGUGCACGACAUAAUCCCUGUGGAACAGGAGGUCCCAGGAGCCAAGGAAGAUGAUUCAGCAACGACUCCGACUCAAUCAGGCGGAUGGAGGCUCUGGAGACCAUUUAGGAGGGUCAAGACACUUGAGCAUAACGUUAGUAACUCAUCAAACUUUGUUGAUUCAGACUCUGUGUCACAGGGCCAACGUGUUUCAAGUCCCUUAGCCCGCUCAGUGUCAAGUCCCGUAGCCCGUGCUGUUUCAACUCCCACAGCCCGUGCGGCUGCCGACUCUCCCCGCAAGAAAAUUAUUAGAACAAAUGUCCCUACUACUGAUGAAAUUGCAUCUUUGAAUCUAAAAGAGGGACAGAAUAUGGUGAAUUUUGUUUUCUCUACCAGAGUUCUUGGAUCCCAAAAGGUCGAAGCUCAUAUAUACCUGUGGAAGUGGAAUACUCGAAUUGUAAUCUCUGAUGUGGAUGGGACAAUUACCAAGUCUGAUGUUCUUGGUCAGUUUAUGCCUUUGGUUGGAAAAGACUGGACACACUCCGGGAUAGCUCGUCUUUUUUGUGCAAUAAAGGAAAAUGGAUACCAGCUUUUAUUUCUGAGUGCACGUGCAAUUGUUCAAUCAUACUUAACCAAAAGUUUUCUAUUCAAUCUCAAGCAGGAUGGGAAAAGCUUACCUAGUGGACCCGUUGUUAUUUCCCCCGAUGGCUUAUUUCCUUCAUUGUUCCGAGAAGUAAUAAGAAGAGCUCCUCAUGAAUUCAAAAUUGCCUGUUUAGAGGAUAUCAAGGCGCUCUUCCCCCCUGAUUAUAAUCCGUUUUAUGCGGGUUUUGGUAACCGGGACACUGAUGAGCUCAGUUAUCGGAAAAUUGGGAUUCCAAAGGGCAAGAUCUUCAUAAUUAACCCCAAGGGAGAGGUGGCCAUUAAUAACCGUGUUGACGUGAAAUCAUACACUUCGUUGCACACACUAGUUAACGACAUGUUCCCACCAACAUCACUGGUCGAGCAGUGGAAAAUGCCCUUGCCUGACAUUGAUUAACUGUAGAUGUACGUUCCGUCCCAAUUAAAUUCUUUGGGUGGCUAGAGACGAUGCUGGAAAGUUUUUUCACCCUACCAGUAUUCUUCUAUUCGUCAUCUUUUUUUCGCCCCUGAAGAAUACGUUUCAGUAGACUCGUUAUUAAUUGUAAAAAAUCGUAAAAGAUCAGAAUCCAAUCCUGUUGUAUUGAAAUGUACCUUAUAGAGUUCUCUAGUGAAUAAAGCAAAUUUAUGCUACUGCACUCUUCUUGAUUCUUGAAAAGGCAAGGAAUUUUUAUGACAGCAGGUUGAUUGUGCUUUA